AUGAGCCAGGAGUGCCCUUCGGACUUCAUUCGUGUAGUUCACCUCCACAACGCAGAGAAGCUGCCGCCGGUUCAGUCGGUAGUCAUGACAUCUGAACACCCGAAACAUCUACGAGAUUGUAAUGACCUUGGGACUGAAGUGGACCUCGCGUCACACCUCGUCCACUUCGGAGAGAGUCUUCAGCAACAACUCGCACUUCAUCCUUUCCAAGAAAAGGGACCAAAAUCAUCAGCCCAUGACGGACUUUCCAUUUUUUGUAUAGCUGAAAGCAUCAUUGAUGAUGAAUCCGUUAAAGAGGCGAAUGCAUGA